GCGAGAGGCGCGCCCAGCCCCGGGCAGACUCCAGCCGCGCGCCCUGCGCUCGCCGUCGCCACUCGCUGGGGACCUCUCACCAUGCAGACCGCUCCGCACCACCCCGUCGCCAUCCAUAUGCAGCCUCACGACGGCAAGGAGUCGGACGCGCCGCCGUACCCCUACGCCAGAGCGGCCACGGGCCCGCAACCCAAGGACUACGUGCUGUGGUCCCUGUUCAGCUUCUCGUUCCUGAACGCCUGCUGCCUCGGCUUCGCCGCGCUUGUCUUCUCCAUCAAGGUGAGGGAGCGCACGAGGGCUGCUUGACCUUCCUCUCUUCUCUGCUGCCUCCCUGCAGUAUUAUUGACUUCUCCCUUGCACCCCGUUGUGGCUGGGUUAUAGUUAUUUCUUGCUCCCUCCUCCGCCUAGCCUGGAGCACUCCCCUGCUUUGCUGGGGCAGUCCUCUUUAUUUCUUCUGCCUCCCUCUUUAGCCGCUUUUGGCCACUUUCUUGGCCAGCUUUAUACCUUAAUCAGGUCCCCCCCCCCGACAAGUAGAAAUUCAACAGGUGCAGCGUCUCUACAACAACCUGUUUUCUGAAAUGCAUCACCUGUUGAAUUUCUGCCUGCCAUGAAGCUCUUAUGUAGGCAUGACCCUCGCUCCCCGCCCCGAAAUGUGUUGAUUGUAAGCUAACUCUUAAAGUAUUUUCCACCACACCCAUUCCCAAGGAAGUUUUAAUUCCCGUUACCUCAUCUAGCUAUGGUUUCAUUAAGAGAACUGGAUAAUUGUAGGAUGGAAAAUCACAGGUUGAGGUUUACUACUCAUUAUCAGACAUUUGCUGCACUCAGAGCUCUAAAACAAUGGAUGUGCUUGGGACUUCUUUUAUUAAUAAUUAAGUAUUAAAUAUAUGAGCAUAUUCACUACUGUUAUUUUCUAGCCGUUUGGAAUCUGAUGUUCUGUACAGUACAGGUUGAACAUAAAUCUUCCAACAGCAAAAACGAACAAACCAUCAACUUUAGUUCUUAAGACUGUAAUAUGAUGUCAGCAAUUCCCUUACACUGGUAGCAUAUUGCUUUAAGUCAGAAAGAAAAGAACAUCGCAAAAUUAAAAGCACAGCAUACGAGUAAUUGUGUCCCUCACUCUCUGCAGUGUUUGUGAAUGUAAUGAAGGUUCCACCAUUUUCCAGAGAAAGUGUCCUUGGCACAUCCAACAACAUGUGCAUUUGUUACAUUCUAGAAUAGCAGUAGUAAUAAAUCUACUGUAGCAAAAAGGACAAAGGGGCUUUGUGGCACAUGAGAAGCUAACAGUCAGAUUUUGGUAGCAUGAGGUUCUGUAUGGGCUCUGGCUUUCUGGGAAUGGCACAACACAUGCUUACGAUGAAUGUUGAGAAAUGUCAUGUCAUGAUUUGGUCCUUGUUGUUGUCCUUAAUAUUUGCCAAAAUUGUUGGGUGAAACCAAACUGCCCUCAUGGCCCCUCUUUUCCACAUGAAAACUGUAUGCAUAAUAAGUGACCAUGUAGUGAGAGGUUGGGCCAUAUUCUGGCACCCUUAUUCUGGCAUCCCCAGUGGCGUAGUCUUUGCUUUUAGAAUGAGUGAAAUGCUUUUAAAAGGCAAGGUUGUAAAGUAUUGCAUUAGCGGUUUGUUCUCAAAAUGUUUUCUAAUAAUGAUGGAAUAACUAUAUCAAACAAAUUCACAAUUAUAGUUCCUCUAUUCCAGGGGUGGGGGAACAUUAUUUUUUGUUUCUGGGGGCUCUAUCUUCUGUUGUAGAGGUUGUUGACAGGAUUGGAUCUGGUCCUGGGCAGGAUUAGUGACAAUAAGGGGAAGGGCUACUCUACUCUUCUCUUCUCUGCACCCCCUCCUACCCUCUGUCCCUCCAACACUGGUUUCCAUUAUGAGUUGUGGGAGGUGAAGAAACGAAAGAUUUAUUUUCCUCCCUGUGCAGCACAGAAAUGAAACUUGCUGGUAGCUCUGGGGUGGGAGGGUUUUGGGGGUGGAAAUUCCCAUCUGUAGACCACAGACACUUACACAUCGUUCCCCACCAGCUACAGGUGUUUUCUGUUGCAUGUGAGAGAAAGUGGGUCUGUGCUUCUCUAAACAGAGGAGACUGAAUCAAGAAACAGAGGUAACAUGAAAGAGCAGAGCUGCUAGAUCACACCCAGCCAACAUCCUCCCAUUUGCAAAUACUGGCACAGGACUGCAAGAAUUACUGAGCUCAGGCGUGUGAAGUAUUGAGUGCACAUUGCUAGGGAGGAACUCAGUGGAAAUGGCUGCUGAUAAAACAGCUACACAAUACCUAGUUGAAUCCCACGCCAGAAUCUUAAUCUACCAUGUAUAAUCACCGUGUUUAAAAAACCAUGAAAAGUCUAUAGGGGCUUUAGGUAGUCAAAGCCUAUCCAAAUGUAUUUUCAGUGUUAAUUCUCAUUGUUCUUUUUAAUUCUUAAUUCUCUUUUCUCUCCCUCCCAUACCUGCCACUUUCAGUCAAGGGAUCGCAAAGUUGUUGGAGAUCCUGAAGGCGCAACUACCUAUGGCAAGACCUCCAAGUGCCUGAACAUCGCUGCUCUGAUAGUGAGCGUCAUAAUAUUAAUCAUCUUCAUCAUCAUCCUUAUUACCUUUGCAGCAGCUUUCCAAGCACAAAUGCAAGCGAUGAUGAAGAAACGAAACUAAUUGUAGUGUUGGCUCAGUGGCAAAUUGAGAAGGCAGAAUAUUUCCCCCAGCAUUAUAGCAUUGCUUGUAAGCUUGGGCUUGCCUUUGCUUCUCUGAGUGUACUCAACCUGCUCAUCCACUUGCAAGGAAGGAGGCAUUCCACACAGAACCUGGUACUUAUGGAGAUGCAGAAAGGUCGAGGCAUGUUUGCCUAGAAAGAUGACUAGAUGACCCCUAGGGUCCCAUCCAACUCCACGGUUCUAUGAUUCAAUGAAAGAUGGAGGAGAGACUCAGAUGUCAUCUUGAAAUUCACCAUCCAGUUUAAGAUACUUAUUGAGAAACAACGUUUGUUUGAUGCUCUUUCUUUGUUCAAGAUCUGGAUUCUUGGCCUUCCUUCAUCCUGUUGCUCAUGAAAUUUAAUCAUUUUUUUUUAUUAUUGGUUUUCCAGUUCAACAGGUUUCUCACUCAGGAUGUGUACUGCAGCUUUUCUGUAUUGAAACAUGAAGUCUGGGGUGAAUUCUGAGCAAAUAAACACAUGCCUACUUUAUUCUGCAUCAUUUGCUU